AGCACGCAAACUUUUCCUCGUCGCGCCAGACACCGUUGUCGCAAAGACCCGUUCGGUUUUCUAGAUCGUCACUACCAAAUCGCAAACAUGUCUGGAAAGAAGUGGGACGAGGAAGAGGAGGAGUCUUCCGCCCCCAACUCGCCCGUCCUUGCCCCCGGCCGCCGCCGCUUCGACGAUGAGGAGGGAAACGAGAGCGACGUUCUCGACUCGUGGGAUGCCGCCGAGGACUCCGAGGUAGAGCGCGAGAAGGCGAAGAAGGCCGCCGAGGCCAAGGCCAAGGCUGAGGCCGAAGCCGCCGCCAACAAGAAGUCCAAGGCGCAGCGCAUCGCCGAGCGUCAGGCCGAGCGCGCCCGCCAGCUGGCCGAGGAUUCGGACGCGGAGGAGGAGACCGAGGCCGAGCGCCGCGAGCGCCUCCGUCGCGAGCAGAAGGAGUCCGAUCUCAAGCACGCUGAGGACCUGUUUGCCGGCAUCGGCAUCAGCAACGACCGCAAGGUCGUCAGCAAGGGCACCAUUGUCCAGAUCGACCCCAAGGACCCCAACAACACCAUCGACAUCUCGACCUUGGCCUUGUUCAACCCUACCACCAAGACCCAGUUUGAGACCCUCCGCACCACUCUUGGCCCCAUGAUCGGCAAGCUCUCGCCCAAGCCGCACUACACUCUCUUCCUCCAGGAGUUCUCCAAGCAGCUCGCCAAGGACCUCAAGAGCGACGAGAUCAAGAAGAUUGCUAGCACCUUGACUGCUCUCAGCAACGAGAAGCUCAAGGAGGAGAAGGCUGCCGAAAAGGGUGGCAAGAAGAGCAAGGCUGCCAAGACCAAGACCUCACUCGCUGGUGUUGGUCGUGGUGGUGCCAUUGCUGAGGCCCACGACACUUAUGAUGAUGAUGCUUUCGGAGAUGAUGACUUCAUGUGAAAGAUUUCUACCGUCAAGUCACGAUCGUCCGCUUCGUGAGGAAGAGAGGCCUCGAGUCCCUCUUCCCAUUACAGGGAUGUAGAAUCAUCCCCUUCACCUGGUAUAAUUCUCAUCCCUACCCGGGAAGCUUUCAGACCGAAGCAAAAAGUAGCGGUUGCGUGUGUUUUAAUGGCGUAUAAAAGAAAGCGUAGACUACCAUGACACCCGCGCAACGGUCACGGCACGUCCGCCGUCCGGACGUAAGGUUCAGUGGCAUGAUGUCUUGGAUGGAUGCAUGAGGGACCAGAGUCGUCACCAGUGCCAGACUGGACGAAAAAAGGAGGAUGGCCUCUUGGGGCACUGAUCGAGUCGCGACUUGGGGGUGACGGGAAAAGGCAGCUGAUACCAUAUAGCAUGGGGGCAAGUAGAUUUAGAGUGCAUUCAAUAAUGAAGGCGAGCAUUACGUUUCAAAAGU